UGAAAGUACAUAUUAUAUGAAUUAUCGUAUACAUUUUAUACAAAUAAUGUUAUAUUACUCUAAUUCUUAAAUCAUAUACAACUGCAGCGACUAUAGUGAGUACUGGUGAUUGACUGCUACCUUGACUGCAAGUACUAGCCAAUACUUGAGUUUGACAACUCGCUGACCAGAAUAAGUCUUAAUUUUAAAAAAAGAAAACUUAUUGAACUGAUUAAUAUAAAAUUAAAUCAUGUCGUCUCAAGAUGAAAAAACAAAGAAACCAUUCGAUAAGAAAAAAUGGAGAACAAAAAAAUAUAGCAAUAAACAAAAAUUUCAAGAAUGGAAUGAGCGUCGUAAAAAGGCUGUAAUUCGUGAUUACUACAAAGAGUUAAACAAAUCUGGUAUUGAGAAACCUUUAAACACAUCAAAUGGCGAAGAUAUCAAUCUUACUAAUCAGCAAAAGAGGCCAAAUCCAUACAAAGAAGCACAAGAACGUUACAAUCAAAUCCAAGAGGAAAAGAAAGCAAGGCGUUUUGAAGCAUCGAAAAAAAAAGAAGAAAUUCGGCAAGCACUAGAAGAAUAUAAACAAAAAAAGAAGUUUAAAAAUAAAAAACUUGGAAAAAAAACAAAAAAAGGUCAACCGGUUAUGAAAGAAAGAUUGGAACUAUUGUUAGAAAAAAUACAAGCUAGCAUUAAUACAUAAUUAUUGUUUUCACUUUUAUUUAUAAUUUUAAAUAAAAAAUACUUUUAUAUUGUGAAAUACUGUAUUUUGCCAACUUUGAAAUUGUUUAAGCCAAAUAAAC